AUGGAUCCGGGAGGGCAUCGCAAUUGGCAACACGGCGGCGGAGGUGGUGGUGAUGGUUCACAAGCCCCGCCGCGUCCUGGUGCCAGCUUUGGACCCGGCACGCCGCAGCACAAACCACAGCAAUCUCCGCCCCAAGGCCCAAGCGGACUGCCACCACCCGGCGGGCCCUUUCCACCGUUUCAGCAACACCCUCACAGCUUAGCCAAUCUAGCCGGCAUCAGCCAAAGCUCGCCGAGACAGCCGCCCUUACAAUCGCAUUUACCAGACGAUCGUCCACCGUUGGGUCCCGGCUUCGGGCUGCCUCCUCUGAGCCAAGCGACAAGUCAGCCAGGGCCAGCAGAAAGAGAACGCGAACAGCGUGAGCGGGAGCGGGAGCGUGAGGUGGAGCGUAUACACAUCAAGGAGGAAGAGGAUCGACGACAUCGCGAGGAGGACAGAAGGCGGAUGGAACAAGCUCCGCCGCACCAAGGUCCACCCCAUCUGCAUCAGCCCCGAGCAGUCCCUCCUCCGACAGUACAUGGGCCGAAUGGUCUGCUUGGCAAUCCCAGCAUCGCACACCAACACCAGCAGCAACAGUUGCCACAGCCACCGUUAGGCGCGCCAAGUGGUCCUGGCAACAUUUUCGGCGGAGGUCCCGUACAAAAUCCGCAUGCGCACACGCCGCAGCAUAUUCAACAAGCCAGCCUUCUUGCGCCGUACGCACCCGGCUCACAGGCUCAGCAAGCUCAACAGCAGCAGCAGAUGGCGCAAGGUCAGGGACAGGGCCAACAGCCUAUUCUCAACGAUGCGCUCAGCUACCUCGAUCAGGUCAAAGUCCAGUUCGCCGAUCAUCCAGAUGUCUAUAACAAAUUCUUGGACAUUAUGAAGGACUUCAAGUCUGGUGCGAUAGACACUCCCGGCGUGAUCGGCCGCGUGAGCACGCUUUUCGCCGGAAACCCCGACCUGAUCCAAGGCUUCAACACUUUCUUGCCUCCAGGUUAUCGCAUCGAAUGCGGCGCCGGAGACGACCCAAACUCUAUCCGCGUGACCACUCCGAUGGGUACGACUGUGCAGGCGAUGCCCCAACCACGACCACUUAGCAGGUUGGGCGAUCACGAGGGUGCACGGCCGUCGAACGGGACUUACACACCACAGCCGGGCGGGCAAAGCGCACAGAUGAUGUUCAGUCCCAGCGGUCGACCACUCGGACCCGCUGCACCUGCUCAGCAACAACACCUUUCUCCGCACGAAGCUGCUCGCCAACAGGAAGAGCAACGCGCCAUACACCAGCAAGAACAACGCGGGUUGAAUAGUCUGCAGACUGCAGUUUCUACUGCUGCUGGUGGUGCUUCCCUCCGAGCUGGCAUAUCACCACGCGCGACUCCCAUGCCCGGACAAGUCGCUGCUGAUCUCGCCGCUGGCGGCGCAGGCGAAGAAAAGCGUGGUCCAGUCGAGUUCAACCACGCUAUCAGCUACGUGAACAAGAUCAAGAACCGCUUUUCUGCACACCCCGACAUCUACAAGCAAUUCCUCGAAAUCCUCCAGACCUACCAGCGAGAGUCGAAGCCGAUACAGGACGUCUACAGCCAAGUCACACACCUUUUCAAGACUGCGCCAGAUCUACUCGAAGACUUCAAGCAAUUUCUUCCAGAGUCGGCCGCUGCUGCCAAAACAGCUGCAGAGCGUGCGCGACAAGAAGCAGAAGGGAACGUACUCAUAUCGAACGUCAGGAACGAAGGCGGCGGCGGUAUGUUCAGCCCGGUCAUGUCGCGUGAGACCCAGAUGGGCACUCCGGGACAUGCGCGAGGCCUGCCACCGGUCGGCAACUUCGCACCCACACCCGCCUCGAAAGACAACAAGCGCAAGCGCAAUGACCGACAAGGCACCGCCGAUCGCAUGCCAGACGGUGUUCCUGGCCCGAGUGGUGCAAAGCCGCAGUUCCAGGCGCAACCCAACAAGCGACUCAAGACGCAACCAGCGACGAAGGGACCGAACGAUCUACCACCGACUUCACCCACCCUCAUCCCGCAACUCCCGAUGCCCCUCGAGCCGACGACGACGACCGCCGCGACCAGUGAAGAGCUGGGAUUCUUUGACAAGGCGAAGAAGACCAUUGGUAAUAAGAAUACGAUGAAUGAGUUCCUGAAGCUGUGCAACCUCUUCAGCCAGGACUUGAUCGACCGAUCGACGCUUGUCUACCGAGCGCAGUUGUUUAUUGGCGGUAAUCCCGAUCUGAUCGCGUGGCUCAAGAACUGGGUGGGAUAUGAUGAGAAGGACGUCUUGGUCGAGAACAAACCGCGCGUGCCUUCUGGCCGAGUCAUGCUCAGCAACUGCAGAGGCUUGGGCCCGAGUUACCGUCUGCUGCCAAAGCGGGAGCGACAAAAGCCAUGCAGCGGUCGAGAUGAGCUUUGCAACUCGGUGCUCAACGACGAGUGGGCAUCGCAUCCGACCUGGGCUUCAGAAGACUCGGGUUUCAUCGCGCAUCGCAAGAAUGUGCACGAGGAAGCUCUUCACCGCAUCGAGGAGGAGCGCCACGAUUAUGACUUCAAUAUCGAGGCGUGCAGUAGGACCAUUCAGCUGCUUGAGCCACUAGCAACGACGCUCAGGCGUAUGCCCGAACGAGAGCAACAUCAGUACGUCUUGCCUCCAAGCUUGGGUGGGCAGAGUGAGACGAUCUAUAAGCGCGUCAUCAUGAAGCUCUAUGACAGACAAAGGGGCGAAGGCGUUAUCCAGCAGCUUCACGAACGGCCUUUUAUGGUGAUACCCGUUCUCCUGAACCGCAUGAAGGAGCGCCUCGAGACCUGGAAGAUGGCACAGCGCGAGUGGGAGAAGGUCUGGCGCGAGCAGACGCAGAAGAUGUUCUGGCGAUCUUUGGACCAUCAGGCUGCCCAGACCAAGCACAUCGACAGACGCCAGUUCCAGAACAAGACGCUGCAGUCGGAGGUGCAGGUAAAGUACGAGGAGAUGAAGCGACAGAGUCACAUCAACCCAACUCUGAUCCGCCAACCACAGCUGGAGUAUGAGGUCACCGAUAAGGACGUUGUCGUUGAUACUGCUUUCUUGAUCUUGUCGCAUGUCGAUGCGACGCUGUCAACGGAGCAGCCGAAGCUGUUUACCUUCAUCAGGGACUUCGUCGCCCUCUUCUUUGGUUUCGAUGCUGAUGCUCUGAAGGAGGAGAUCGACAACAGGUUUCAGCCUUCGCCUGGCAAUGAGCCUGCCGAUGAUGCAGCUUCUGUUAGCGAAGAGGGCGCGGCGGGUAGCUCUCGCAAGGGCGGCGCUGCUAAAAAUGGCGGCGGACUUCUGCGACAGGCUCUCAACCGUGGCAGGAAGCCCAAUCGAACGCGCGACGAUAGCGCUAGCCGCGCAUCAACACCUGAGAUUGCGUCGAAUGCUGACGAGGAGAUGGUUGUUGAUACUGUCGAGGAUACUGGAGAGAAGCAGGAUGUAUCAACAGGUCGAUGGCUGGAGCAUCCUACUGGCGGCAACACUGCUGGCAGCAAAGACAUCAACCCACACGAGCCACAGAAGAGGACUCUCUAUCGAUGCUGGGCCAACACAUCGAUCUACUGCUUCAUUCGGUUGUUCUUGAUCUUGUACGAGCGAUUGUGCAAGCUUAAGGCGGCGGAGCAGGAAGUCAAGAAGACUGUUGAGAAUGCCUCGCGAGUGAAGCCAGCGAUCGAGUUGGGCAUCGCCGACAAGCUGCCAAUACAAUACUUCCACGACACCACCCCGACUGCCAACUACUACACCCAGAUGCUUGGCAUGUUUGAGGACGUGCUUCGCGGUGACAAGGAAGUUGGUGAAGUCGAGGACACACUUCGACGCUUCUACUUGCGAUCUGGAUACCAGCUCUACCCCUUCGAGAAGAUCAUCACCACCUUGACACGAGAUGCCAUUCAGGUCAUGAACAGCGAAGGCAAGGACAAGUCCGCAGACAUCUACAGUCUUUUCAAGAAGGACCGCAUGAAGGACACCAGCACUGCCCAGCAACAGACGGACUAUCGCAAGUCGGUGGAGAAGAUGGCUAAGGACUCUGAAAUCUACCGUAUCGACUUCGAAAGCUCCAACACUGAGGGUUUCUGGCCUGAGGAUGGAUGGACUGGCCCCCAGUUCGCGAAUAAGGUCAAGAUCUACCUCUCGAAGAAGGACGACCCGAUCGGCGCAGACGGUCUGACUGUCAUGGAUCGCGAGAAUCAAUGGCGUUACUACAUUGCCAGCUACACGAGCAUGGACAACACUGAUGGGGUGCAGAUCGGCUCGAUCAACUAUCCCUUCCUGAUCGCCAACAUCAAAGCUUAUGGAGCUGAUCCUCGUUCCGAGACUUUCCCACCUGUUGCCAGCGACGCACAUGCGCAGGGCGUUCUUGAGAAAUCCCGCAUCCUCGACAUCAAGAAUGAGGAAAAGCUCGAAGUUCGCAUUGCGGUCAAUAAUUACAAGGCGCAGUUUUCACCGAACACCUUCGAGGCUUUCUAUUCGAAGCUUGAGGAGAGAGAGAAGGGCAUGGAAGGUGUUGAGGCGGCGGAAGAGGUGCAUGGUCUGAGAGAGGAGGGUGUCAUGGAUCGAUUUUUGAUGAUGAAUGAAGCGAUGAAGGAUGUGAGUAAGGAGGAUGUGGAAAAGGUCAACGCGGACUUCGGCGGUCUGGUUGAGAGGGGUGUGGGUGCGGAGGGCAAUGGUGAGGGUGUGGAUGAGGGGGAGGAAAUGGAGGUUGAUGAGUUGUAA